UAUCAGUCAGUACAGUACUGGCGUCAAACUUUACCGUUAUUAUAGUGUCAACUAGGCCUACCAGUACUUUGAUAAACAUGGAGGUUUGGAAGACAACACGUACAGUAGUAGCAGCAAUUCUGCUGUUAGCACUUUUUACAUCCAGACAAACAUGUAUCACCGGCCUGACUACUUCUCCACCUCUGCCAAUGUUAAUGACGACGAGUCCGAGUCCGGCUGCACCGAGGUAUAAAUUCAAUUUGGAUCUUCCCGAUGAGGAAAGAUGGGUGUCAAUACUUCGUCAUUACGACAAGGAUAACUUGAAGCAAAUGAUCAAACAUGCCCUUUCUACCCAAAUACCGAAAGAGGCAUUCCCACUGGUGGACUUGAUUGGAUCGCAGCUUAAUAAAUAUAUGCCAGAUCCAUACGCAGGUGAAAUACGAAGCAUAGCAAACUGGCUCGAUGUCAGCGUAGGAGAAAUAUUCGCAAUGAACAUUAUUUAUGAAGCAACUGCUUUCUGUACAAGUAUUGUAGCAGUUGAUAAUAAUAAUAUGGUGUGGCAUGGCCGAAAUUUGGAUUACAGUUUCCCAGAUAUUCUGCGAAAUGUAACUGUUAUUCUAGAUUUCCAAAGGAACAAUCGUACUGUUUUCACAAGCACAUCUUACGUUGGGAACGUUGGUAUAUUUACUGGGAUGAAACCAAAUGUUUUCACAGUGUCCAUCAAUGAGAGAGAUAAGGGCAACGUAUAUGAAAAUAUAAUAGGAAUACUUAGUGCUUUACGGAAAAGUGACAGUGAUUACUUUGUAAGCUUCUUAGCACGAGAGGCUUUAGAAUACGAUGACUCAUUUGAUGCUGCAUACAGGAGGCUUAAUAAUACCCGGAUCAUUGCUCCAGUUUACUAUAUUAUUGGGGGAGUCAAGCCUGACGAAGGUGUUAUUAUAACAAGAAGUAGAUUUAGAUCACUCGACAUCAACCCUUUAAUACCAAAAAUGGACAAAUGGUUUGCAUUGGAAACCAAUUAUGACAGAUGGACAACACCGCCCCCUAGUGAUGACAGAAGAGAUCCAGCUAUUGAUGCCAUGAAUGCAGUUGGUAGGAAGAAUAUUAAUGAUAAGACCAUGUACGAAGUGUUAUCAGUACCACCAGUUCUUAAUUACAAGACAGUUUACACCACAUUGAUGUCGGCAGCAAGACCUGAUUUAUUUCAAACUUAUAUUCGUCAUAGUCCAUAAGAUGUCAUAACAGAAUUAUUGUCAUCAUUUCAUUUAGUGCCUGUCUAUUACCAAAAAAUACUAAAAUAUGCUAAUAUAUGAAGUCUGUAUAAAUUUAUUUUUUAAUAAACAUAGAGAAUUUAUAUAAAGGUACAUUAAUAUGAUAAAUUUUUAUUUUUGAAACUGUUUGAUACAAUUUUGUAGUAAAGUUACUGUAUUAUAAUUGUAUAAUGAAAUAUUUUUUUAAUAUGUUUUCAUUAAUAAUGUCAUUAAUGUGAUUGUUAAAAUAUGUUGGAUAAAUUAUUUUACUGUUAAAUCUUGUAAUUUUGUAUGUUAGAAGAAAUUUGUAAGACUUUCGCUAUAGCGCCCUCAAUCUUAUAUGAAGACGUUCGUUGGUGUGUGUCAAAAGUCGUUCAAUUGUUUACGG